AUGGCGGAACGGGUACUCAUGAACGAGUACAAGCAGCUGUCCAAGGAGCCAUGGACCAACAUAGAGCUUGUCGACAACAACAUAUUCGAAUGGAGCGUCGCCCUCAUCGUCCUCAACCCUGACUCCGACUACUACGGCGGCUACUUCAAGGCACGGAUGUCCUUCCCCAAGGACUAUCCCUACCGUCCGCCUGAGUUCAAGUUCCUCCGCCCCCUCUACCACCCCAACAUCUACCCCGACGGCCGCCUCUGCAUCAGCAUCCUCCACGCGCCCGGCGACGACGAGAUGUCCGGCGAGAGCGCCGCGGAGCGCUGGUCACCCGCCCAGCGCGUCGAAUCCGUGCUCCUCUCCAUCCUCUCCCUCCUCGAUGACGCGGAAGUGAACUCGCCCGCCAACGUCGACGCGGGCGUCAUGCUGCGCAAGCAACCGGAGAAGUACAAAGCCAUGGUGAAGAAGGAUCUCGAGGCGUCCAAGCAGGAUAUCCCCGCCGGGUACAGCAUGCCGAAACAUGAGGAUGCGUUCAGGACUGUCAGGGACGAUGAGUACAACAUGGAGUGGGCCGAUUCGGACGCUGAAGACGACUUUGGUGGUAGCGAGUCGUCGGACGCGGAGAUGGAUGACGAUGAGGAUGAUGAUGAGGAUAUGGAGAAUGAAUCCGAGGAUGACGAGGAAGAGGAGCAGGGCGACGACGAUGACAACUGA